UGGAGCCAUGCCGUUCUGGGACCUGCAGCAGCAGCUCGGCAUCGAUGUGGACCGGUGGCUGCUCCGGCAGAGCAUGCCGCAGCCCCACGGCAACGCCGGCGCCUGUCACGCCUUCGAGCGGGAGUGGGUGGAGUGCGGGCACGGCCUGGGCCAGACCCGCGCCCGCCGCGAGUGCCAGCCCGAGUACGAGGACUUCAUGGAGUGCAUGCACCGGACCAAGCUGGCUGCGAGGCUGAAAACCAUCCUGGAGCAGCGGGACAAGAUGAUCAGGGAAGGGAAGUACACCCCCCCCGACUACCACAAGGGCAAGGAAGACCCGCGGCCGUGAUCCAUAGGGAUGUGGCUCCGUGGGGAGGCGUCGACGUGGGAUUCCUGCGGGAAGAAAAGCCACGGCGCAAGCGGGUGAUGCUGUGGGGCUCCUGCUGAAGGGGAGGGACACCGCAGCGGGCACCUCUUGGGCCAGUAAAUGUCUCCUUCCCAACA